GGCUAACGAUACAACAACAGAACAACAGCUCUUCAUCAAUAUUCCCGUCAUCAUCAACUCUGAGCUCACCUUGCUCUUCAGCAGCUAUGACUUCUGUGCUCAUCCUGCUGGGAGCUAUGCUCUGCUCCCUGACAGUUUCCUCUGAAGUCCUACCUCAGGCAGACUUCAACGUAGAGGGGAUGGCAGGGAAGUGGUACCUGGUUGGAUUUGCCACUAACGCCCAGUGGUUUAUCAGGCGCAAAGACUCAAUGAAGAUGGGCACAGCCAUGCUCCAACCAACUGCAGACGGGGACCUGGACAUGUCGUAUGCUAGUCUGAACUCUGAUGGCACAUGCUGGAGAAUGAACAACCUGGCCAAGAAGACUGAUGUGUCCGGGAAGUUCACCUAUAUUAGUCACCGCUGGGGCAACAAAAACGACAUGACUAUCACUACUGUCAAGUACGAUGAGUAUGCCCUGGCUUUCACCAUUAAAACAAAGGAGGAGGAGACCACCACUGUCACCAAACUAUAUGGACGCACCGAGGACCUCAGCGCUGAUGUGAUGGAGAAGUUCAGGCUGGUCUCCUUGGAUGCUGGCAUCCUGCCCGAAAACAUUGUUUUCCUUCCCAAGAAUGGGGAAUGCCCAUCUGCCUAAUUCCCUCAUUUUUAAUUCUGCCAUAGCCAUCACAGUGAUGCAGGCUGAGGACCAGACCCUUUGCUGUGAAAACUCUGUCAAGGCCUUUGCUGUGAACCAGGACAUGUUUAAUUCAUUUACUCUUCUCACAAACAUUCAGCCUGGUUUAAAUAUAUCAUUUUUGCUUUAAAUCAACCUGAGAAUCAUCUUUGAAAGUCUGACAAAUAAACACAAACAUUUAAAAUA